GAACAGAGAAGCGUCUGUUGACUGGGGCAGGACUCUGGAAAAUAUGGUGGGAGUUGCAGAAUUUUAAGUCUCAAAGGAGGGUAACGGGACAGAAGUGAUGCAGAAAUUGUAGAGAGAGAAGACAGCGUUGGGUUGUGACAGGAGAGAGGCUUUUAAACCAAACCUGCAGCUGUUGAAGUUGAUAAAUGUGAUGAUUUUGUCGUUUUGGCAACAAGACUGAUGACAGUUGACAGACGCGCAGAGCAUCGAGGGCGAUCAAGUGCCAGGGAUUUCAGAGCUGCACAGACUGCCUCAGGAAUGGAUGGUAAUGCACACAGCCGACCACCUGAACGAAGGAAAUCUUCGAAGAACAAAGCUCCACCUCCUCCGGUUUUGAAAGGCCUGGAUGCUCAUCCGCUCUACCAGAAACUCCCAGAAUCCUCUCAUCCUGCCAUGGAGCAGAUGGAGAACAAACUGGAGCAGGAGCUAACACUGACUGUGGUCCUUCCUGGAGGAGUGGAAAAAACCACUGUGGUGCAUGGCAGCAAACCUAUGAUGGAUCUGCUGGUCACGCUUUGUGCAAAGUACCGCCUGAAUCCCUCAAGUCACACCAUUGAGCUUGUCACCAACAACAGGAACCAGGUGAAGUUCAAACCCAAUGCCCUCAUCGGCACCCUAGAGGCAGAGAAGAUCUUGCUCAAACCAAAAGGCAUGGACGAUAAAAGCAAAAAGAAAGGACCACAGAUGCCAGAGGCAACCGUACGAUUAGUGAUAAACUUCAAGAAAACACAGAAAACCAUUCUCAGGGUGAGUCCACGGGUUCCUCUACGAGAACUGCUGCCCGCUAUCUGCGAGAAAUGUGAAUUUGACGUGCACACCACAGUUUUAUUACGAAAUGUCCACUCAGAAGGCACCUUGGACCUGAGCAGCUCCCUCAAUGACUUUGGUUUGAGGGAAGUUUAUGCAAAAGAGCGCAAAGUUAUUAGCGCUGUAAGUCCUGUAAGUCUGCCACCAUCUCCUACUCGCUCAGAAAGAAUGAAUCAUGGAAAAGAUAAAAUACAGAAGGAGAAGGAAAAUAAAGGACUGUUUGGCUUAUUUAGAAAAGGAAGUAAGAAACAGUCAGAACAGUCAAGGACAGUGAGUGCACCAGCAUCGCCAGUGCACAGAAAACAGAGGCCAAUCAGCACGAGUUCUUUAAGAACUUAUUCGCCAAUGUACGAUUCGAACACCAUGCCCUCGGACAUGCCAAAGAAAAGAGAAAAGAGAAGAGCCCCGUUGCCACCAAGCAUGAUGUCACAGAGCAUGCCAACUGACCUCAGUCAUCACCAAGGCAACACACAAAAUGUAGCGUAUCCUGAUGGCCACCAGCAUAUGGCCCAUUUGAGCCGCGGAUCUUCGACUGAUUCGUCCUUCAAGAAUUUGUCCACCAAGCGAAAGGCCCCGCCGCCCCCCACCUUGACCAGUGUCGCCCCUGAUGUUGAAACUACACAGGACAAAGACUUGACAGAACCUGUGCUGGUGUCUCCACUGGAGGAGAUCAAAGAACAGGAAGAAGUCUUCAUGAUAACGGAGGGUCAGGCAUGCCCUUUAGAGAACGAGCAACUGAAAGAUGACAGCAGCUUGAAUCUGUCCUCUGAGAUCUCUCUGGACUCAAGCCAAGCUGGGACGGCAUCUCCCUCGCAAGAGUCAGAGAUUCUAGAGAGUGGAUCACCACAUGGGAAGGCCAGAGAUAAUCCGUCAUGUAACCUGUCUGCAGAUGUAGAAGGAGCUGAGAGCACCGUAAAUGAAGAGUUCAAAUCAGACCAGGCUGUGAGAGCUCAUGUCCAAUCAGAAGAGAUGGAGCCCCUGAAGGAGAAGACAGAAAAGGCGACUCAAUCUUCUCAAAGUGGCCCUGUAUUAGAAGAGGUUUCAGUGAACGCCACAGAAACGGAUGCAUCUUUGUUCAACAUGCCUCAAAUGUCCGACCGCAGUAUUCAGACUUUGCACACUCAUACAGACUUGCACACUCAGUGCCUUGAUUCCAACACGGUCACUUUGCCAGCAGUUCCCAAGUCUUCCCCUGAGCCAAGCCGUUCAGCUCACGUUGAAGACCAGACACAGAAAACCAACCCUAGUGCAGUCCGCCUUACUCGCACCGAGACACAAACGCAGACAGAACCUGAGAUUCCCCCUAAUGAACCAUCACCUAGCCUUUGCACUGAACCCGUUAUGAUGAUCUCCUCAUCCUCAACCGAGCUAAAGAGGAACAUGUCCACUUCCACAGAAGAGCUGCAUGUUCCUCGACCCCAAACACCUACAGUUCAACCCUCAAAGGGUCCAGCGUCAACACCAACCGCCCCUAAAGCAAGUACCGUACAGUAUUUUGCAGAUGUCGAACCCAAACCCAAGCCAUCCAAUGAACUGACACGUGAAUACAUCCCCAAAGUGGGCAUGACCACCUACACCAUUGUCCCUCAGAAGUCUCUAGAAAAGCUACGUUUUUUUGAGGUCGAACUAACUCUGGAGCCACGCAGUGAUGGGAGCAUUAAGAACGUGGACUGCAAACCAGAAGCAAAAAUUGUUCCAGAUCAUACUAUAAACAUCUCACCUCCACCAGGCCACCUUCCCCAGUUCACCAAUGGGAAAGUCGCUCUUAAUGGCCAUCAGAGUGUCUCCGGAAAAGCCACUGAGCUUUCGCAGACAAUUCCACCAGUUUCACCCACAGUCACCAUUUCCUCACCCUCUUCCCCAUUAGAAGGAACUGAGUACAUCGUUAAGGAGAAGAAGGCUCCACCUGCAACAAGACCCAAACCAGCUUCUUUCCGCUUGACACAGCGCAAACGAACACCUGGGGAUUAUGUCGUCUCCGCGGCUGUACGUAGAGCGAGUGUUGGCAGCACAAGUAGCAGCAGCAGCACCUGUAGCAGUCCGGCAGCUAGACCAGAGGAAGCUGCAGGCAGUCUACAGUCCGAACUUGUGACUGCACUCGACAACUUUCCUCCUCCACCACCACCAAUACAGUGGGACGGAGAGGAGCAACAUGCCGAAUUAAGUAAUGUUCCCCUACCUGAGGUCCAACCAAAGCCUAAACCCCUUUUGAAAGGCGCAGAGGCUUCAAGUAAUGUUCCCCUACCUGUGGUCCAACCAAAGCCUAAACCCCUUUUGAAAGAUGUGGAGGCUUCAAGUGAUGGUCCUCUACCUGUGGUCCAACCAAAGCCUAAACCCAUUUUGAAAGAUGUGGAGGCUUCAAGAUUUCCACCGUACUCUCUUCUUUCUAAGCAAAAGAGUCUUUCCACAAAUCCUACACCUUCAUUGAGUCUGGAGAAGUUGAGAAGCUUUGCAGCACCCAAACCAUUUUCGGCCACCUCAACUUCUCGCUUUGCCCAAGCUGUGUUGUCUGCUGCAAAGAGAUCCCAGUCUCUUUCCCAUCAUCCUUUGGAACAGUCCCAACACAAGCUGCCUGUUUGUCAUCUCUCAGCACAAAGCACAAUUAGAGAGUCACCUGAACCGCCAACAAGUACUGUGACAGACAAUGGAGAAGGACGCACGGAGGGAUAUAGAGAGGCCCCAUCACAAACAGCAGGCCUUGGCGACCUAGCGCCGAGCUCCGCCCAACGUGGAGACAUGGGAACAUGUAAGAUUGGAAAUACUCAGCCAUAAUUACCAGGGUCUGAAGCAUCUGCAGUGCUGUCUUCCACUUUGAAGGGAAUAUCGGAAGCCGUACGCUCUGUGGAGGGAUGAAGCAUUCGUACUAGCCUUAGUUCACUCUGUGCCUUCAUUAACGGAACUUCACUGAUUCCCAAACAUCACGAAAAUCUGCAAUCUUCACAUUUCUCAAACAUCUUGAUUUUUAUGUGAUCACAACUCAAAAGACUUUCAGCAACUUUAUUCUGGAUCUGACCGGAACUGCGUAGAGCGCAGUUUUCCCGCUUUGUAGCUACUUCACAGUGUGUCACUUUCUAUGAUACAAAUAUGCCUUAAUGAAAAGAUUUUGUUGAUUGGUCAUAUAGUGCAGAGAGAUUACUUUAAUUUGACGCUGAGCAGAUACGUGGAGGAGAUGUGGAUUUCUUCUAAUUUAUUCUACAGAUAGCUUAGAACAAUUUUAUUUACUAUCUGUUACUUUUUGUUUUUGCUCAGUAAAAGUAGCAAAUUUUAUUAAUGUUAUCAAAUUUCGAAAUGUAUUCAUUUGAAUAUUGUACGGUUGCUUUCUGACAUGAUGAAUGGUGUUAAUGUGCAGAUUCACAGAAAAUGUGCCGUUCUAUUUUGAGGCCUUUAUUUUGAGUAAAUUAUUAUAUGUAGAUUUGAUUAUAAAAUGAUUAGCCAAUGAAACAUUUUUCUGAAAUAUCCCCAAUUCUCUUGCCAAACAUUGGUACGAAGUGUAUCGUUGUUACUUAUGGCUUUUGUUCUUGAUCAUAAAUAAUAAUACAUUAUUGAACAGGUCUUUGAGGCCCAACAAACUUUUAAACAAAGUUUUGCCAAGACAGAAGACACUGGUGUUAUUUGUUGUUUUGUGGAGGAUACUGCUGUAAUAUCUGAAAUAAACUCUUCUCUCUUCUCUGUA